UAUGAGUUAAACCUCGAGCCACAUUUACUGUAGCCUACAUUAGACAACAAUGUGUUCAGUCGAGUCUUUGAGAGAGUUUGUCAACCAGCGACUAACUGCUGCUGCUGAAGAAAUAUUGGGAGUUUUUCAAAGAAGCAUCGUCGAGUACGAGGAAGAGAUCGAUCGUCAGCGCAGACUGUUGGAUAUGGUUUUGAAGCCUGAAAUCAAGUUACACAGGACAGAGCUCCCACAGCAACAUGUGUGUAAGGAGGAGGAGGUUGUCCCUGAGCAGCAGCUCUGUAUUGAGGAGAGGAAGUCCAGUGUGGAGCAAGAGGAGCCAGAGGCUCCAGAGAUUAAAGAGGAAGAGGAGGAAGUGUGCAGCAGUCAGGAGGGAGAGCAGCUUGUAGUGAAGCAGGAGACUGAUGGCUUUAUGUUGACUCCUGCUGAUGAGGAAAGUGAGCAGAAUGAAGAUCAGACUCUGGACUUCAUUCAUGAUGACACUCAAAGUGCAGCAGAGAAAGAGUCUGUAUUUAAAAUGCCAGUUAUAAGCUCUGUGAUAUCAGAAGCAACCAGUGAGCACCAGCUGCUCUGUCACAACUCUGAUGUAGCUGAGAGGCAAGAUGAGGAAGAAUACCAGCAUGGAGACUCAGGAUCAACUAGAAACACAGAGCUUCAAGCAGAGAAAAGACAUCAUGAAAGUGAAAUGAACAGUAACAGUCCACACACCUCUGCUGUGAUAAACUUAAAUACAGGUAAAAAGCCUUUAAAAUGUGACAUCUGUGGGAAAGUUUUUGAGUACAAGUCAAAAUUGCAGAGACACCUGAACAGCCACACAGAUGAAAAGCUGUUUUCUUGCAAAACAUGUGGGAAAAGAUUCAGCAUCAAGUCAGUAUUGAAACGGCAUUGUAGAAUCCACACUGGUGAGAAGAAUCCACAUACUUGUAAAGUGUGUGGGAGAGCUUUCACACGUAAUUGUCACUUAUUAGUCCACAUGAGGACUCACACAGGUGAGAAGCCGUUUGCUUGUAAAGUCUGUGGGAGAGGUUUCGUACGUAAUGAUUACUUGUUAGUCCACAUGAGGACUCACACAGGUGAGAAGCCGUAUACUUGUAAAGUAUGUGGGAGAGCUUUCGGACGUAAUGGUGACUUGGUAGUCCACAUGAGGACUCACACAGGUGAGAAGCCGUAUACUUGUAAAGUAUGUGGGAGAGGUUUUGGACGUAAUGGUGACUUGUUAGUCCACAUUAGAACCCACACAGAUGAGAGGCCGUGCCUUUGCAAGAUCUGCGGGAAAAGAUUCAGGAAUGUGUCCGCAUUGACAAAGCACAUGAGAAUCCACACAGGUGAGAAGCCAUUUACAUGCAAAACGUGUGGGAGAGGUUUUACAGUGAAACGUUGCCUGACUAUCCACAUGAGAAACCACACAGGUGAGAAGCCCUACCUUUGCAAGACCUGCGGGAAAAGAUUCAAAGACGCAUCAGUAUUGAAAAGGCAUUGUGGAAUCCACACAGGUGAGAAGCCACAUAUUUGUAAAGUAUGUGGGAGAGCUUUCAGACGUAAUGGUGUCUUGUUAGUCCACAUGAGGACUCAUUCAGGUGAGAUGCCGUAUACUUGCAAAACAUGUGGGAAACACUUCAGAUCUAGGAGUAACUUGACAGUCCACAUGAGAACACACACAGGUGUAAAGGUGCGUGACUUGAGCACAGAGGUUCCAGUUGAAGUCACACAUAUACAGGAGAGAGACUGUUUACAUGCAAAACAUGUGGCAGAGCUUUCAGAGGCCUGUUCCAUAAAGCAUGCUAAGAAAAGUGGGGAGUGAAGUCCAAAUCCUGAAUUUUAAUUGAAAUUGCAGGUCUGGAAAAGUUAAACUAGUGAGAUAAAGAACAAAAGGAGGAGACUGCUUUAAAGUCUGAAUGAAUUUUAUACUUGCAAGAGUCAUGGAAAACCUGGAAAAGUCAUGAAAUUAGUCAAAAUCAUUAUAAGUCACAGAACUUGUUUGUGUAUAGUGAAAUUAUUAGAAUCAUCUUCAGUGGAUAACCCUCCAUAUAAUGUAACAUAAUGGCAAAUUCAUUUUCUGCAGCUGGUGUCUUAAUGUAGCUUUAAUAUGCGUCGAUGUGUGACAAUGUUUGUUUACCAUCAGGUGUGUUUUGUCAUAUUCUCCCUCAGUUUGUCUCUCCCUUCCUGUGUGCCAAUUAUGUUUACAUAGAGUUUGAAUCUGAUGUUUGAAAAACGGCGGGCAAGUGGGGAAAGAAAAAGAAAAUUCUUCAUGAUGAGUCCUUGAAAAGUCAUGAAAACGUUUGGAAAUAUUGUCCAUGAAAAUGUGAGCGGAACCUGUAGUUAAAAGUAUGA